GCUAUGUUCGAGUCGCAUCACGAGCUGAGGCCGGAGGAGCAAGCGGCACCUUUGUCACGUGAAGCUUGCCGGGUUGAAGGCAGCAAGGUGGAAGUGGCCACGAUGACAGAGCAUGUUCCUGAGCCUGAGGUAGCGAACUGCCCCGGCCCUGGCGACUGUGGCUACAGGGAAGGCUGGCUUACAGACGAUCCAGAGCGUGACUUGGUUGAAACGAAGGGGACAACGCUGGUUUUCCUCCCGAGUAGGAGGCACGACGUGCAAGCUGAGAUGCACGGAUGUGAGUUCGAAGAGGUUGAGUCCUCCAGCCUGAACCCGGGAUUCGAGCAGGAAGUGACACAGCCACUGCUGAUUCGGAGCACUGGAAGUGCAAUGCCUGUAUCAAACAUCAUUGACGGCGUUGGCAAUGUAACGCUGUACAUCACCGAUGGCAUCGAGAAUCAAGCACAACAUGGGUUCACUCAAGGUGAGGAGAUACGAGCAAGAGAUUUCGUGCAACGCCUGGACAGCAACAAGUCGAUCCCAUAUGCUUUCAGACAAUGUCAUCUCAGUCCAAGCUGUGAUGAAGACGUAGCAAGCACGGUUGGCAUCCCAAAGUUCCUGAGCGAGACUGCGCGAGAGCUCUUCCUGGCGAUCGGCAUCUCCCCAGGCUCCUUUCCCUUACACAGCCACGAUCGGACGUGGGCAUUGCUACUCGCCGGAAGCAAGGAGUGGCUCGCCAUGCCACCAGGAGACCUUGCAGCCUUCACAAGCAGCCGGACGCAUCAGUUGGAAGAGAUGGACGCAAGCGGGAUUAGCGUCGCUGGACAUGCAUCCCGAGCCGGUCACACUGCACUGCUUGCAGCAUUUCGGGAAAGAGGCGCAAAUUUGCACUCUCAAGAUGCGAAUGGGUGGACACUGGCACAUCAUGCAGCGAAGCUUGGCCAUGUUGCCGUGAUACAGUGGUUAGCUGAGAACGGCUUCAGCAUGAGUGGAAAGAACAAGAUGUCUUGGGGCCCUUUGCACACUGCGGCGAAAGCUGGACACCAGGGAGUGAUCGAAGCACUUCUGCGAGCUCGAUCAAUGGUGGAACCAGACAAGGCAGCCCCCGACCAAAAUGUUAAGUCCGUAGCGCACACGCAGUUGCUUCGAAUGCUUUUAUGCCCAAGAUUUGACCAGGAAGGCAGAACGCCUGCGCAAAUUGCCGCGGCCCACGGGCACAUCUCUGCUGCGAGCAUCUUGCAAUCCGGGCAUCCGAGAGCCAGUGCGAUCCUGUGGCAGGUGGCUACUGCUUUCGCCCUAGUCGUGGCCGUCAUGAUUUGGAGGUUGUUUGGGCAGUUUGCGUUCCGGCAAAAGAAUUACGUGCCAGCCAAACGACCGGAGAUCCUAGCAUUCCUCGCCAGCCUCGCUGGCGGCGAGGCGUCUGCGACCGGGACGAUUUUGGCGUGUGUCUCCCCACCGAUUGCCAACACCGCUGAGCUCGCAGAGUGCAGGCAAAGCGACCGCAAAGGAGGUCAAGGACGCUUGGAUGAUCUGUUGGCAGCCGCCGAGGCCGCAACACCAAAGUCUUGUCUGUCCGGGAUGCCGAUUGAUCCGCAGGCCGUGGCACCCAGCCUCGAGAAUGCAGCGCUUCCGUCAAGUCCGGUCCCACCGCAAAGCACGAAAGAGGAAGCAGGCUUCCUGGAGGCAGAGAUGUCGAGUCCAACGGCGCAGGAAGAACAUGGAGAAGGACUUAUCUCUGAGAACUUUGCAGAGAUGAAGCGGGCCGUUGCCCUACCAACGAGCCCCGGCUGCGAUCCGAGCCAUGCCAACAGUCCGGAGUUGGAGCCUCACGUUCUUCCUGCACAAGCGAAGGAGGAGCACUGGCCUCGACCCUGGCUUUCUCAUGCAAACCUCACACUGAGCACAGCCGCCAACGGGGAAGUUUCAUUCUGUGUGACGUCUGCUGUGGAAGAUGCGCGAUGCCCCGUCGUGGACGGCAUUCAGGCUGAUGAGGUUUACUAUGAGAGGGCUAGCCCGUCGCUUGGCUAUCUGUGGAUGAGUGAUCUGAAUCCUGCGAAUGGCCUGCGCCAAUGCACCCACAAAGGAAAUGAGGUGGGCAAGAAAGCUGACGCUGGGCGUGAACGGACACUGCAGCCGCGGCACUCCCAUGUGGCCCAAUCGGCCCUUCAGCAGCCAGGCUGCGUAGGACAAGGGCAGCAAUGGCGAACAGCAGACAAGCCGCCAGGCAGGAAUCCGACUCACAGCGCGCGCGCGGCCGGCAUCUUUGGAGAGGCCCAUCGCGAAAACCGCGAGGACGCCGAGAUCUGCGUCACUGCCGGAGAAAAUGAGAAGGCUGGCAAGAAGCGCACCGGCGAAUCAAGCAUCUCCAGAGCAACGACACCUGUCCUUGACUUGACACACGCAGCAAAAGCGGGCGACUACGAAGCCACCCAGCUGCCCCGGCUGUCGGCCGACUGCUGUGCAGCACUCAUGCUGCGUCAUGCAGCAGUUCGGAGCCAGUGGAGGAAGUUGGCCCUAGCCAUGAUAAUUACUUCGAUGAACAUUCUCUGCAAGUACGGAGCUUGUAAAGGCGUAGGGAAAGUACUUAAGCUAGCCGGUGCGAUGGCAGAGACGUCGCAGACAAAUGAAGCCACGGAUGGCCCCGCUUUGGAUGGCUAUAUGCAGCAGCACCAGAUCCAGCCAUUCGUGCAGGAGAUGCUGACAGAGCUCUUUGCCGCCCUGCCAGAAGAUCCGUACGAAUACAUGACAUACCACCUGGCAUCUCGUCGCCCUGUUCGACCUCCGCAGGACCAGAAGCUUAUCAGCAGCGGGGUCUUGUGGGCUUUGCUGCCUGGAGGUGACCCAAUGUCUCUAGAGCAGUGGCGGCUGCGGAGCUGCUGGUUGACAGAGAAAGGCAUCUUGUGCGUCAGCAACUCCGCCGCGGAUGUCGUGCGUGAUGACGCUGGUGGUGUCGUGAUCUCACCGCCCGAAGAUCCCGCACCUCAGGAGUAUCCCCUCGAGAAAGGGGCCACGCACAGGGAGCUGGAUGAGGCGGAGGCAGCUCGACCCUUCGCCUUCCAGGUGGCGGUGAAGCCCGGACCCUUGGCCCACAGAGCCGACAAGGAACAAGAUGGCGGUCGCUGGGUGCUGCAACUGGCAGCCAGCUCCGAGGAUCAGCGCAACGAGUGGUUCAGCUUGUUUGGCAGUUGCACGACGCUGGUGCGUCGCCGGCGCAGAGGGUUGCAAAGGGCUGUGCUGCAAAAUGACGGAGGCCUGCCAUCGUUUGAUGUGGUAAUGAAGCGUUUGCGACAAGCCGUGAUCCGACUGUCUUCUGCCGACUGCAGUCGGGUCACCUCUGCCUCGUCAUCGCCAAGACGAUGCAUCAGCGUGGAGGUGCGAGCCAAAGACUGUGUUUGGGCGUAUCGUGGGGUGCGUCGACAAGUUGAAGCUCCACACUUGUAUUUCGGGCAUGUGCCCCGAUCUACGUUCGAGUCCCAUGGAUGCAGCAGAAGCACCAGAAGCUUUGGCGGCUAA